AUGGAGCGCAUUUUUAAUGCCAAGAGGUGUUCAGAUGAGAAUAGAUUGGCUUUCACGGAGUAUUUAUUAUCCGGGGAAGCUAGUCACUGGUGGAGCAGUAUGAGGACCAUUAUGGAGGGCAGUAACACUCAUAUCACUUGGGAGUUGUUCAAGGAAAGAUUCUAUGCUGAAUAUUUUCCUGACAGCGUCAGAUUUGCUAGGGAGAUUGAAUUUCUACAGCUGGUUCAGGGAAAUAUGUCAAUCUCUGAGUAUGAAGAUCGGUUCAAGCAUCUGAUCAGGUUUCAUACAGUGCCGAUGAGUGAAGUUUGGCAGUGUCGGAAAUUUGAGAAUGGUUUGAGGGGAGAGAUCAAGUUGUUGGUGAAGGGGCUUUCUAUUAAAGAAUUUCCAGCUUUGGUGGAAAUGGGAAAGGUCAUGGAGAAGACCAAGUUGGAAGUGGACAGGCAGAGGAGUCAGCCUUUGAGAGUGGGAGGACCGGUGAUGUCCAGAGGCGGUUCUAGUUCCAGGAGGACUCCCUAUUCUAGGCCUCCUUCUCAUAGACCUAGAGGGUCUUCUUCUCAGGCUUUUGUGUCAUCUGGACCGUCCAGCAGCUCUGGGGGAGUGAAGUGUUAUUCCUGUGGAGGUCCCCAUCUUCAGUCGGUCUGUCCUCAAAUGGCAGGUUUCAGAAGAUGUAACAUAUGCCGGGUUGAGGGACAUUUCGCCGGGACUGUCCUACUGUCAGGAGGACAGGUCCGCAGACUCACCAGGCCAGGAGAGCACAUCCGAGGGGCGGUGCCAGAUCGUAGGCUUCAGGCAGGAUGUAUGCUAUAUCGGGGUCAGAGGCAGCCAGCUCAGUAUGACUUGGCUGUAGCUACUCCCACUUCGGGGUUGGUCAAGACAUCUACCUUGUGUGCUAGAUGUUUUGUGGUUGUAGAAGGACGUCCGUUCAAGGUAAACCUCAUUUGUUUACCUUUGCAAGGAUUAGAUGUGAUCUUGGGGAUGGAUUGGCUAUUUGCCAAUCGCAUUCUCAUAGACUGCGGUGAGAAGAAGUUAGUUUUUCUUGAAGAAGAAGGGGUAGUGUUGUUGUCUUCAGGGCAGCUGAAGCAAGAUUUGAGUGGGCAUGGUCUAGAUCACUCAAUGGUGAGUGAGUUUUUGGAUGUGUUUCCUGAGGAAGUGUCGGGGUUGCCCCCUCAGAGGGAAGUCGAGUUCUCUAUUGAUUUGGUGCCUGGAGUAGGACCAGUAUCAAUAUCGCCGUAUAGAAUGGCUCAAGCUGAGUUAGCUGAGCUGAAGAAGCAAGUUGAGGAUUUGCUUGAGAAACAAUUCAUCAGACCAAGUGUUUCUCCGUGGGGUGCGCCUGUGUUGCUUGUGAAGAAGAAGGAUGGUAGCUCCAGACUGUGUAUAGACUACAGGCAAUUGAACAAGUUAACCAUCAAGAACAAAUAUCCGUUGCCCAGGAUCGAUGACUUGAUGGAUCAGUUGUAUGGGGCUACUGUUUUCUCCAAGAUUGACCUGAGGUCAGUUAUGCUGUUUGGUGUGACUAAUGCGCCAACCAUAUUCAUGGACUAUAUGAACAGAAUCUUCAGGCCGUUCUUAGAUAAGUUUGUUGUUGUCUUUAUAGAUGACAUACUUAUUUAUUCUAAGACUUGGGAGGAGCAUGAGAAUCACCUUAGGAUAGUGCUUGGGAUUUUGAGAGAGAAAAAGUUUUACGCUAAACUGUCUAAGUGUGAGUUCUGGUUAGAAGAAGUGCAGUUUCUAGGGCACGUUAUCUCAGCGGGUGGAAUUGCUGUGGAUCCAGCUAAGGUUCAAGCCGUGCUUUAG